CGUCAGCUCUCCUUCUUUUUCUUAAACCCCAAAGUCUGCCACCGCACCAAGAGGAACUCGAAGAGCUGUGGCUCUGUAUCUGAAGCGGCUUUGAAGAUACAGAGAGUGUUGCAGAAGUUUUGUUGAUGCUUUUCUUCUCUGAUAUUGAAACUACAUAACUUUAUGCUGUCAAGAAUUGCAUGCAGCGCUAGCACAAGCAGUUUUGAUAUACCAGCCGUCUGACUUCGUCAACAUCGUUGUUGACUGUUGAUUCGUUUGUGGUGGAGUUGAUCGCACGAAAGGAUUUGAGGAGAUGAAGGGGGAUGAGCAGGCGAGGUCUCUGUUUGGGAUUUCUCUCUCGGAUCGACCCAAAUGGCAGCAAUUUCUCAUUUGCUCUUCUGGGUUCUUCUUUGGCUAUCUUAUUAAUGGCAUUUGCGAGGAAUAUGUGUAUAAUCGCCUCAAAUUCAGCUAUGGUUGGUAUUUCACAUUUAUACAAGGAUUUGUGUAUCUGGCACUCAUAUACCUUCAAGGCUUCACCACCAAACAAAUGUCUAACCCCUGGAAAACCUAUGUGAAGCUCUCUGCUGUUCUUAUGGGAUCUCAUGGAUUGACCAAGGGAUCCUUGGCUUUCCUCAAUUACCCAGCACAGCUGAUGUUUAAAUCCACAAAGGUACUACCAGUCAUGAUUAUGGGUGCCUUCAUUCCUGGCUUGAGAAGGAAAUAUCCAUUUCAUGAGUACGUCUCAGCAGUACUCCUCAUAGUGGGACUGAUCCUUUUCACCUUAGCAGAUGCGCAAACAUCUCCUAAUUUCAGUUCAAUUGGUGUUUUAAUGAUAUCGGGCGCUCUAGUCAUGGAUUCCUUCCUGGGUAAUUUGCAAGAGGCUAUCUUUACCAUGAAUCCAGAAACCACACAGAUGGAGAUGUUGUUCUGCUCAACAGUGGUGGGGUUUCCCUUCUUACUUGUACCCAUGAUUCUAACAGGAGAGCUGUUCAAGGCAUGGAAUUCUUGUUUACAGCAUCCAUAUGUGUAUGGGGUGUUGGUGUUUGAAGCUAUGGCAACCUUUGUUGGUCAAGUGUCGGUUUUAUCCCUCAUCGCCAUGUUUGGUGCUGCAACAACUGCUAUGAUAACAACUGCAAGGAAGGCUGUCACAUUGUUGCUGUCAUACAUGAUAUUCACAAAACCAUUAACGGAACAGCAUGGGACAGGGCUGCUACUCAUAGCCAUGGGAAUCAUACUGAAAAUGUUGCCUGAUACUCAAGCCCCGAAAAGGCCAACCUCAAGCAAUGCAAAGCCUUCUUCCAAAGGAGAGAGGGCCCUUGUAGAGAAGAUGAGAGAUGAAGAAGGGAUGGGAUACUUUCUCUGGAGUCUGAUCAUCAAAUGAUGGAAUCAAUUUCAUCACAGAUGUGUAUGUGCAAGUUGGAAGGGUGUGGUUAUUGUCUUGGUAUCCACACUUCAUGGUUUCAUACUUUGAGAGUCCUUUUGCUUUUGUGUGAAGUAUGAGCAAGGUGGAGCCUUUGAAUCAAGAAUCAUUGCUUCUUCUUAUCUCUGCA